AUGGGUUCUCUAGAAGAAACGGGGACUUGGACAGUCUGUGAACUGUCUCCAGGGAAACAUCCGGUUGGUUGUAAAUGGAUCAACACCAUCAAAUACAACCAUGAUGGCACCAUUGAGCGACACAAAUCCAGAUUAGUUUCGAUGGGUUACACUCAGUUGGAAUGCUUAGACUACUUAGAUACUUUCUCUCCAGUUGCUAAGAUUGGUACUCUGCGUCUCCUCAUUCGUCUUGCUGCUGCCAAGAACUGGUCUAUUACACAGUUAGACAUCAGCAAUGCCUUCCUCAACGGUGAUCUAGACGAGGAAAUAUACAUGAAACUUUCUCCUGGAUAUGAAGAGCUAACUGGCAAAAGUUUCCUCCAAAUUCUGUUUGCAAACUCCACAAAUCACUCCCUCUUCAUUAAAUAUGUGGAUCGUUUUUUCUUGGCUAUUCUCGUCUAUGUUGACGACAUCCUGAUAGUGGACAAUGAUGAUUCUGCUGUUUCUCACUUCAAAGACGUUCUGAAAUCUCCAUUCAAGCUUCGUGAUCUUGGCCCUGCCAAAUAUUUUUUGAGCUUUGAGAUUGCACGAAACGCAACUGGGAUUUCAAUUAAUCAACGUAAAUAUAUGUUAGAACUUCUUGAGGAAGCGGGUUUCUUAGGCUGUAAGCCUCUCUCUGUUCCCAUGGAACCCAACCUCAAGAUGUCUGCUACGUCGGGUGUCUUGCUUCCUGAUGCUUCUGUCUAUCGUCGUCUUUUGGGGCGUCUCUUAUACUUGACGCAUACCCGUUCUGAUAUUACGUAUGCAGUUCGCAAACUCAGUCAGUACAUGUCUGCUCCCACAGACGUACAUCUCCAAGCAGCGUACUAUGUGCUUCGCUAUCUUAAGAAUGAUCCAGCUCAUAAAUUGUUUUAUUCUGCUUCUUCUGCAUUGACUCUCAAGGCUUAUUCCGAUGCAGAUUGGACAGCAUGCCCGGAUUCUCGUCAGUCUGUUACAGGCUAUUGUAUUUUUCUUGGAGAUUCCAUGAUCUCAUGGCGAUCUAAGAAGCAGCAGACCGUGUCUCACAGCAGUUCAGAGGCUGAAUAUCGCACCAUGGCUGAUGCUACUUGUGAGCUUAUCUGGCUAACUACGCUGUUGUUCGAGAUGCAGUGUUCAGUCCCUGCUCCUGCAACUCUCUUCUGCGACAAUCAAUCUGCUCUUUAA